AGAAGGCGUCACCAUCUGUCAUCCAGCAGCAUCGCUUCAUGCAUGCGCCUGGGCCGGACCGUGGCACCUCUCAGCCAGGCUCUCCUCCCAUAGUUGAGACAGCUGUAGACCGCUAGCCGUGGAGGACUUAAUUAUUUGGAGGUCUGGCUAAAAACAAGCAGCUCUGUGUUUCACUCUUCCACUUUAAUUGCAACCAUCCUUCAGAUCAUCACAUAUGGCGACUUGGCUUUUUCACAUCUUGAGUUUUUUGAUCCUCGAGUCCGGCGGGGCUCACUUCGCGUCGAAAGGUUACGAUGGAGUCGCGCGUCAGGUUCCCGGCGCGCCACCGGCCGUGGAUCAGCGCGUGUUUGCGCAGGAGAGCCCGAACCGGGACAUGGUCUCCGUGAACAUGCUCAAUGUGUACGAGAGGUACAGCAAGGAGCCGCGGAGCCGCAGGGAGGGAAACACCGUGAGGAGUUUCAAAGCUGUCCCGAGAGUUUUGCACGGCAAAGAGCUGUUCCAGUUUAACUUGUCCUCAAUUCAAAACUCAGAGAUCAUCCUUUCUGCCUCUUUUCACUUCCAUAACAAGCGCCCCCGCCACCACCAGAGACCGUGGCGCUUCCAAAAGCCUCUCCACCAAUCCAUUGGACUCCAGCAUUCCCAUCUGCCCUCCUCGCAAUUUCUCUUCUAUGGAUCCUCCUCAAAUUCUCCUUUUGCAACACUUCUUGGAAACGUAAGUUUUGUAUCUCUCAAGAAAGGCUCUUGGCAAACAAGAGAUGUGACCACAGUGGUGAAACAGGCCAGGGAUGUCGAUGAGCUUGUGAUCACUGUGGAGGUUGAUGUGGGGUUUGAGGCAGCAAGGAUGCAACAGAGAGGUGCUUUCAGCCAUGAGCAUCUUUCUCUGGCCAACCUGCCCUACAUCUUGGUAUAUGCUGACGAUCAAGCUAUAGAUCAGCCAAACAGCGUCGCCUUGUCACUUCAGAGGUACGGGCCUUUUCCUGUUGGGCAGGACGCAUCCACCUCCACUUCAGCUUCAAGGAUCCGGAGAGAGCUACAUCUCCAGAUUCAAACCAAUGACAUCCCGGAGGUUCAUUUCAGCACCUUGAAAAACCAUGAAUUGUGGCAGAACACAUAUUUCCCGGCUAAAGCUAAACCUGCAGUCAAAACUGGGAGAAAGCAUGGUCAGAUGAGCAGCGAGGGCAUGAGCAAGCCCCAGGUUCUAAACUUUGAUGAGAGGACAAUGAAAAAGGCGAGAAGGAGACAGUGGAGCGAACCCAAGGUUUGCACCAGACGUUACCUCAGGGUGGACUUCGCUGACAUUGGCUGGAGCGAGUGGGUGGUGGCGCCAAAGUCUUUUGAUGCCUAUUACUGUGCCGGGACAUGUGGAUUUCCCAUACCUAAAUUGGCACAUCCCUCUAAUCAUGCCACCAUCCAAAGUAUAGUCCGAGCUGUAGGAAUCAUCCCUGGAGUCCCUGAACCAUGUUGCGUUCCAGACCAGAUGAGUCCCCUUAGUGUCCUCUUCCUGGACCCUGACAAAAACAUGGUACUCAAGGUCUACCCUGGAAUGUCUGUGGAUACCUGUGGCUGUCGAUAGGACCAUCCAAGCCUCCGAGAAGUGUGAUGAAUGAAAAGACGGUGUGAAAGACUAUACUGUAUGGGCACAUGGCGUAGCAGUGAAGCGUGCGGCUCAUAUACGGAGGCUUCAGUCCUUGACACAGCUGUACCUGGUUUGAGUCCCUACCACAGAGACCAGUGCUGCAUGUCUUCCCCCUCCCUUCACCCCCUUCAUGUCUGCCUUCUUUUAAAUAACAAAAAAAUAAAGGCCAAGAGUAAAGAAAAAAAAAAAAGAAAGAAAGACUAUACUGUAGACACUGAACGUGCAGGAAACCACGUCAGAGGUAAGAACUGCAAGAAAUGUCAGGAAUGGCAUGAUAUGUUAAAGACAACUGAGAAAAGGCUUUUUUAUCACAAUUGGACUUGUUUGUUAUGAUCCUGACUGAGUGUUGCCUUAAAGUAUGCUGCUUAUAAAACUAAUGUUUAGUACUUAUUCUUUUUCAUUUACUUCCUUAAAUCAUUGAGAGAAAAACGGAGGAGGUUCCCUUAAAGAAACAUGUACAAAUCUUUGUUGUUAACUACCCAAAUGUCAAUGGGUUUAGGCUUCUUUUUUUUUUUUUUUUUUUUUGUAUUUCUGAAGUGAUUCUGUUUUAGCUCAAAUGUCUGCCUGGAUUCAAGUGGACCUGGUUUUGCAGGGUCACCUUAGACUCUUCAGGAACAACCCUGUGCAGGAAACCAAGUUAACCAUUUGUGUUCAGUUGUUGACAAGCUGCAUUUCAGCAGCUUCCUCUCUUGGCUUUCAUCUUUCAUUUUAGGAACUCACGUUUUGGCGGGAUGACAAACUGCAACCUUACUGAGAAUAUAAGAAACAGAGGCUGCAGAAUGCUCAAUUUGUUUUCAUGUCAGUACUGUGGCGUGGUGUGGUGGGGUGGGGUGAGGUGAGGUGAGGUGCAGACCACACGUUUUAUCAUGAAUGAUGCAUCGUAAUCUCCUUAAAAUCAGUUCCAUUACAAUUGUUUCUAUGUUUUGCAUUUAAAGAAUGUACUUGGUCUUCCUUUGAAAAUUUGAGCAUAUCAAAGUCUGCAUAGAUCAGUCUGCUACAUCAAAGGGAAAAAGCAGUGUGAUGCUGCCAUCUACUGUGCCUUCUGUGAAAGUUGAUGAAAUGUGAAAUGAAACACUUUCUUAGUGUGGCUGUUUAGGAUUUCCUUACACAUGUAGCCCAUAAACAGACUUGUACAGUUAGUGAUUUGUAAAAUAACAACAAUGGAUUUAAACAGUAUGUAAAAAGGUAAAUGUAUGUAUUCAUAUGUACGCGCUUAUAAAGUGGAAUUAAAUGGUAUUACAAUAGAAAAUGCUUUAACAUAAUUGCAUGGUACAGUUAUGGAUGAAAAAGGAUAUACAGUCGAUGGUAAAUAUUAACUUUAUAUAAAAUUGGUAACUGUAAAGCUAUUACUUCUAAAAACGAUUUUAAAAUACAUUCUUAUAAAUUAA